AUGUUUGGACAUGCAGUAGGCGGAGCAGCUGGUGCCGUUGGAAGAAUAACCGGAACUGUUGGAAAAGGAGUGGCUGCACUCACGUUUGACACAGAAUAUCAAAGAAAGCGACAGGAAGAUCUCAAUAGACGACCACAAACGUUUGGCGAAGGAAUGGCAAGAGGAGUCAAAGGCCUUGGAAUGGGAGUUGUUGAAGGCAUCACAGGUGUGGUCACGAAACCCAUUGAAGGCGCCAAACAAGAAGGUGGUCUGGGCUUUAUGAAGGGCGUUGGAAAGGGGCUGAUUGGUGUGGUUACGCGACCAGUUUCUGGUGUAGUCGACUUUGCCAGCAGUACUAUGCACUCAGUACGCACUGUAGCCGGAGCCGGGAAGGAAGCUGGAGCGUUAAGACCACCGCGAGUUAUACGACCAGACCAUAUCAUAAGACCCUAUAGCCAACAUGAGGCUCUAGGAUUUAAAGUCUUUAAUGAUACUGAUCGUGGCGAGUUAGCCGAAACAGAUGAAUUUAUAACGUAUGCCCCCAUAACCGACAGGAUCGUUCUUCUGGUUACAAAUGCACAAUUGGUGCUAUCAAAGCGCACAGACGUGAUGGGUACAUGGUCUACCGAUUGGAAAACUGACUACGACAAGAUCAAAGAACCUGUGUUUGUGGAAAACGGAAUCAAGAUUAUCCUGAAGGUAAUUAUCCGUUUUCAGGAGAAGAAGCGUGGCUUUUUGGGCAUUGGUUCAACAGAAGGGAAGAUUAUAACGUUUGACAAUGCUGAAGUGAGUUACAUAAGAAACAUUUCGUAUACUGCGAUCCAACAAAAAGUGCUGGCAGCAUACAAAGCGGCUACUCAACUUCCUGGCUAA